AUGAGAAAUGGACAGGAUGCUGUAUUUAAAGCACUCGACUCUAGAAAGCAGUCGGACCAAGAAUUUCUAACACAGGUUUCAACGAUAUCCAGCGUAAAGCAUGAAAACAUGGUUGAGCUACUUGGUUACUGUGCCGAUGAUUCUUUACAAGUCUUGGCUUAUGAGUUUAGUCCGCAUGGAUCCCUAUAUGAGAUUCUUCAUGGAAAAAUAGGUGGCAAAGUCUUAGGAGGGGCAGUUCUGGUUCUGUCGUGGGCCCAAAGAGUUAAAAUUGCUCUUGGGGUUGCGAAAGGAUUAGAAUACAUUCACGAGAAUGGACAAUUUCACGGUGACAUCAAAUCCAGCAAUGUGUUGCUUUAUGAUGAUUAUGAUGUCGCCAAGAUUGCUGAUUUUAGCCUGUCAAAUCGAGCACAUGAUAUUACAUAUCCAUUUUCUCACACCGUCUAUCCGAGUUCUAAUCGCCCUCCUCUGACUAGAUAUGAACGAACCUCGAUGGGUGAUGUGUACAGCUUUGGCGUACCAGUGGUACUGUUGGAACUCUUGACGGGUCGUAAACCAAUUGAUCAUACACAACCAAGUGGACAGCAGUAUCUUGUGACAUGGGCAACGCCAAAGCUCGGGGAAAACGAGGUAAAGCAGUGUGUUGAUCCUAGACUGAGCGGAAACUACCCGCCUAAGGCAGUUGCAAAGAUGGCGGCAGUUGCUGACUUGUGUGUGCAAUACGAACACAGUUACCGUCCAAACAUGAGCAUUGUAGUGAAAGCUCUCCAGCCUCUGUUGAAUGCUCGAUCUCCGCCAGGCCCGUAA